CGUAGCGUGCGAGUGACGUGGUCCCGGGCAGGCGGGCGGGGCCGGUUUGAACGCGGAGGAGACGGGCGUGAGCGGGGGCAGAAAAUGGCAGUUAAUGUGUAUUCUACUUCAGUGACUAGUGAUAACUUGAGUCGACAUGACAUGCUUGCGUGGAUCAAUGAGUCUCUGCAGCUGACUCUGACAAAGAUUGAACAGUUAUGUUCAGGUGCUGCCUACUGUCAGUUCAUGGACAUGCUCUUCCCAGGUUCAGUAGCACUCAAGAAAGUGAAGUUUCAAGCAAAAUUGGAGCAUGAGUACAUUCAAAACUUCAAGAUUCUACAAGCAGGUUUUAAACGAAUGGGUGUUGACAAAAUAAUUCCUGUGGACAAACUAGUGAAAGGAAAAUUUCAGGACAACUUUGAAUUUGUUCAGUGGUUCAAAAAAUUUUUUGAUGCAAACUAUGAUGGGAAGGAGUAUGAUCCUGUUGCUGCUCGACAAGGCCAAGAGACAGUAGCACCAAACCUUGUUGCUCCAGUUGUGAACAAACCCAAGAAAGCUCUCAGUUCUAGCAGUGCAGCCACGCAGAGGCCCAUUGUUACACAGAGAACUGCAGCAACUCCAAAAGGUGGUACUGGAAUGGUCAAAAAGGCUCCAGGAGAUGAUGAAUCAGCAGGAUUAAUUGAGCAGAUCAACGUAUUGAAACUCACUGUUGAAGAUUUGGAGAAGGAGAGAGACUUCUACUUUGGCAAACUGAGAAACAUUGAAUUGAUCUGCCAGGAGAAUGAAGGGGAGAAUGAUCCAGUGUUGCAGCGGAUUGUGGAAAUUCUUUAUGCCACAGAUGAAGGCUUUGUGAUACCUGACGAAGGAGCACCGCAGGAGGAACAAGAAGAGUAUUAACAGACCACAUACUGUACCAGCAGAGCAGCAACAUCAGAAUUCUUUGCCCCAGAUCAUGUGCUUAACUGUAAAAUACUCCACUUUAUUCUUAGAGGACUCGUUGGUUUCUUUUCAUAAGCAAAAAGUACCUCUUCUUAAAGUGCACUUUGCAGAAGUUUCACUCUUUUUACAGUGGGUUUGAGUUAGGAGCUCUUUCUCACUUUGUAGCAGAGCAGUAUUCACAUCUAGUUGGUAUAUUUAGGGAGCAAGAGGCUGAAUAUUUGGAACUUGUUGCAGAUUGGUUUGCUGGUAAAACACUGGUUUGUGGAAAGACUUUUUUUGUAUCUAAGGUGGUGUGUAGUAGAGAAAUUAAAGACUCUGACUCACAGAAAGAUUGAGUUAAUGUGAAAUUGCAGCAGAGAAAUUAUAAUUAAAUGCCUUAAGAGUAUUUAAAAUAUGCUUCCAUAUGCCAAAUUGAAGUAAUGUGACAGGAGAUUUUAUGUGCUUCAUACCAUGGUAGACACUUGUUUGACUCCAUACACUGCUGUUUGAGAGGCCUUGCAUGGCAGUCUUACUUUGUCAGCAAGUGCUCAAAAGGGGCUAUUAAAUCAAAAUGCCAUUCCUAUGUAAAGCUGCUUAUUAAAUGAUUAGUUCUCGAUGAAAUAGGCCUUACUGUUGCCUGUCACAAGAUUAGAGGGAGUAUGAACAGCUGAGACACAUAAAUUACCUUGAAAAGCGCUAAAGCCUUUUUCUUGGCAUUGUGGCUAAUGACUUUGCCAAAAUGUACUGUGUUUUCUGUUAAAAAAAAAAAAAAAAAAAAAAAAAAAAAGGCCUCCAGUCUUAUUGCCUGAAAAUAAUUUUUCUUCCUGACUCUUGUUUCUACUUGUCCUAUUUCUGUUUAUUUUCAUUGGUGUAUCUUCUAGUCUCUCACUGGUUCUUUUCUCUUCCCCAUUCCAAGGAGUGCUGGUCAAAUCAGAUGGUUGUACCAGGAUUCGCACUGUGCAACUAUGUUGGAAUGAAAGUGAAUUGAGCACAUGAGGAUGAACUUUCUGUCUUUUUUUAAACCAGGGUGUAUCUAAUAAUACUUGCCAGUUCAGUAAUCUUCUGGGGUCAAAACUAAAAAGGUGCUGGCUAACAGAGCUAUUAUUAUUGCAGAAAAUACAGUACUGAGACUAACUUAAAUAUUAAUAUUUAAAAGUACUUUCUUUAACUGUCUUUUUUUUUUUUCCUUGCUAUUAUGCCCCUCAUUAUUUUUGUGUUUGGCAAGAUCCUGCAAGACUUCUGAUCCCUCUUCACUACUGAGAUUGAACAGUCCUGUUGUGCUUGUAUUCAUUUGUUUCUGGUGGUAGCUUGUCCUAAAAUGUGUGUAGGAGAGCAUUUUAUGGUAAUUGUUGUGUAGUGCAUGAAUCUUUGUGAAAUUCAGAGAAAAACCCAAAUUCAGUGAAUGCCAAAAAAAUGCAAGUAUCUAGCCAUUGUUUAAAAUUGCAGUGGUGCUAUUUCUCUUGUGGCCUUUUAGACUUUUGUUGCCCUGAAACUCCAUUUUACUGAGAAACCAUAUUUGACUUGGAUUUUUCUUGACAGGGUUUUUCUAUUUUAAGCAGUUUCUAAAUAAAGUUCUGUAUUUCAAGAGUGUCAUGUCUACUGGAGUCUCUCAUACUUUCAGAUAUGAUCAGGCAAAUCAUAAUAGUUUGUCUGAAGCUUGCAGGACCUGGAAUAUAAGCUUUUGUUCUCCAGUCUUAGUUACAUUCAGUGCUAACUGGAGUAGCAAUAAUGUUGAAACUUUCCUUGGAGUAGGCUGGGAAAACAUCACUUACUAUUCAUUCUUUCCCAAGCAGAUGAAAUGUGACUGUAUUGUUGGCUUCUUCCUUCUAAAGGUGUAAGAAUGGGGCUGGAUAAUAGGGGCACUGUCAUGUGACUUUAAGUGGUGAAAUGGCUAAAACAGUGGUUGUAAACAAGAUGUUAGCUGUGGCAUCUGUCACCAGUCUGUCUGAGCAGACUGACUCAACUUAGUUGUUUUGUUUCAGUUGGAGUAUGUUUUGUAGAUGAGUUAAAUGUUACUUUUACAGAUGUGUGCACUGACCAGCUGCUUCAGAGAAGUGCUUGUGUGAUGUGUCUGACUUUGAAAUUGGAAGCGUUCCCCAAAAGGCUUAUCUAUCAUGAUAGAAAAUCCUAAGUGUUCUACAGAUGCUUUAUUAUAAAGAAUAGGCAUUGCUGGCAGUGCCUACUGAUAUUGAAAUGUUGGUGUUGGACUACAGAAGCACAGUCAUAGAACAAGGUUUUUUGAUGCACAUAAAAUCUUCUUUAUCAUUACUUGUUCGCUUUGAGAUCAAAAGCAUACUAUUUUCAACUCCAUUCUUCCACCAUCUCAAAGCAAAAGAUGGUAAUAAUGUGUGACUUAAGAUGACUUUCAUUCAUCUUGAGACUUGAUGGUUCAGUUGCACGUUGGAACAUAGUUGCUUCAAGUCCUCCCACCUUCAAGAUUGCAUGUGUGGAACUGCAAAGUACCAAAAUAAUCAGAUGGGUCAAUUUUUGUUCUCUGCUACUAGAAGCAAGCAAAUACACUUUAAUGCUAAGAGAAUGAUGAGUCAGAAAUUGUGCUGGUGCUCCGUGAUCAUGUGAGACUGUUCAGCAUGUGGAGCUGUUGGAUGUGUGUUAUAAAACAAAAUUGAAGCUGCAGUCUUGUAAGUGAAACGCUCUUAAGAUUUCCAAUCGCUUACAUGCCUUCUGUACCACCAAGAUGAGUUGUAAAUAGAAUGGACAGACUUGUAUGGUCAGCUUACCAGUCUACAUUGUGGAUAUCCAGGCAUAGUCUUUUUUUGAAAGCAAGCAACCACAACAAACCCAACUCAAACCCAUAAACUUAAUGUAGCUACUCUGUUACACUGGUACAGUAUAUGCUGUUAAAUGUUAAAUGCUCACCUGCUGGAACAAUUCAAAUAGCACCAACUUUUCUUAGGCUCUUAGUUUUAUCAGAUAUUUGAAAAGUGAACAGAAUGGAAGAACCAAAAGCUCACCUCUCCUUUCUGUACCGACAUGUCUGUCUUAUAGGUGGGCUUGUGGAUGUUUUUUAACUUUUAUUGUUCAGUCUUUUCAAAAUUCCUGGUUUGCAAUGACGAUUCUUACUGUAACUGUUAAAAGCCUUCAAAUAAAGGCCAAUAACUUA